UGAGUAAUUAAUUAAGAAGAUCACACAAAUUCACAACCCAUCUGAUAAAAAUCUCAACGGCACUCUCUUCUUAUCUCUCUGAUUCCAAUUUUUCUCGGCGAGUUUCAUCGGAAGAUCCAAAAUCAUAACCGAAGUGAGUGAUCUCUCCGUUUCUCCGGUAGCAGAUCCAACGACACUUUCCUAAUUGUUUUUUAUUUUGAGUGACGACGAAUCAGUUGAUCCAGAAACUUCGAUUUCUGGAGAAUUGAUUAGCGAAAAUUCGAUCGAAGCAUUGACGUCGUGGUGAAUUUGAUUGCUUUGAUUAAGAGAUCUGGUUUUGGAUCUGUUUCAAUGGCGAGGAAAGGGUCGAGUUUAAGAUUAUCGAGCUCGAGAAUAUCUUCCCUUUUGCUUUCCAUGUUUGCAACUUUCGCUUCCUUCUAUGUAGCAGGCCGUUUAUGGCAAGAAUCUCAAACUAGGGUUCAUCUAAUCAAGGAGCUCGAUAGAGUAACCGGACAGGGAAAAUCUGCUAUAUCAGUGGAUGAUACUUUGAAGAUCAUAGCUUGCAGGGAACAGAAGAAGACAUUAGCAGCUCUUGAGAUGGAAUUAAGUGCAGCAAGGCAAGAAGGCUUUGUUUCAAAAAGUCCCAAACUUACUGAUGGAACUGAAACUAAGAAAAGACCGUUAGUGGUUAUCGGUAUAAUGACUAGUUUGGGUAACAAGAAGAAGAGGGAUGCAGUUCGUCAAGCAUGGAUGGGGACGGGUGCAUCACUAAAAAAACUUGAAAGUGAAAAGGGUGUGAUUGCACGAUUUGUUAUUGGAAGAAGUGCAAAUAAAGGAGACAGCAUGGACAAGAGCAUUGAUGCUGAAAAUAGUCAAACCGAUGACUUCAUAAUUCUCGAUAAUGUAGUUGAGGCACCCGAGGAAGCUUCUAAGAAGGUAAAACUGUUCUUUGCCUACGCUGCAGAUAGGUGGGAUGCACAGUUUUAUGCCAAGGCCAUCGACAAUAUCUAUGUAAAUAUCGAUGCUCUGGGAAGUACGCUUGCAGCACAUCUGGAAAACCCACGGGCUUACAUCGGUUGCAUGAAAUCAGGCGAAGUUUUCUCAGAACCGAACCACAAAUGGUAUGAACCAGAGUGGUGGAAAUUCGGUGACAAGAAAGCAUACUUCCGGCAUGCUUAUGGGGAGAUGUAUGUUAUAACGCACGCAUUGGCUAGAUUUGUAUCGAUCAAUAGAGACAUUCUUCAUUCGUAUGCUCAUGAUGACGUCAGCACGGGUUCAUGGUUCGUGGGUCUUGAUGUCAAGCAUGUAGAUGAAGGAAAGUUCUGCUGUUCUGCGUGGUCCUCAGAAGCUAUAUGCGCAGGAGUGUAGUAGAACCAAUGACGAAUCCAAAGUGUGAGGCUUUGCUCUUUGGUGCUUAUAGAGAAAGAAGAACAAAUGAUCUGUCUGAGAAAGGCUAAUUACACACUUGAUUUUUUCUAUGUAUUCUAAACUUGCCAUUUUAUUGGCAUUGCAUUAUACAAAAGUCUAGGAUUUGGAUGUGGGCUUAGAUAUUCUUACCGACAAACGUUAAUUCCCAAAGAAAAAAUCAUUCAUUUA